AUGGAAGAAGGUAAUAUUGAUCGAGAUCGUAUCGUUGAUGGAGAUCUUGUUGAUGACGAUCUUUUCUGUCCAAUAUGUCAAUGUCUUCUAUGGAAACCAUGUGCCUGUAGUAAGUGUCGACAUCUUUUUUGUCGAAAAUGUCUUUAUACAUGGCUUGAAAAUCCUAACAGUGGUAGAAGAUGUCCAUUUCGAUGUGAACCAUUUGAAGAACAAGAUUGUUCACUGUCUAUUCAAUCAAGAUUGAAUUGUUUAAAUAUUCAUUGUCGAAAUUUAGAAUUUGGUUGUACACAAACUCUCUCCUAUAAUUCAUUAGAACAACAUGAAAAUGUUGACUGUGAAUAUCUUAGUAAACGAUGUUCGGAAUGUGAUCAGUUAGUAUUGAUGUCGAGAAUGGAUGAACAUUGUGAGAUGCCGGGAUUAUGCGUGCCACAUCCAGUCAAAUGCACUGCCUGUCAAACUUAUAUUGAAAAACUAGUUUUCAAAGAUCAUUUUCAAGAAUGUUUUCUAAAUCGAAUGAUUACGUUAGAUACACAAACAACAAUGAAUCAUGAGUAA